AUGCGAGGAAGCAAACAUAGAUCAAUUGCUGACGCAUUACUCAUGUUUUGGGUUAAGUUAAAAACAAAUCUAACUUACAAUCAGAUUGGAAUUCUUUUUAAUUACGACACGAGUUCCGAAGAUCGUCGAAAACGUGUUUCUGACUCGUGCGAUGCCGUAAUGGAUUGUUUACUAAAACAUUUUGUACCAAAUUUUUUAGGACUAAAUCGUGUAACUUAUCAACAAGCACUUGCACAUGACACUAUUUAUUCGAAAACAUUCUUUGGGAAUGGAUUUAAAUUCACAUGGGAUGCUACUUAUUUUUUUGUGAAUAAAAGUAGUGAUCACGUUCUGCAAAAGAAAACUUACAGCGGACAAAAAAAACGCCAUUAUGUUAAGAUGAUGUCUGUUACAUUGUCGGACGGUUAUGUACUCGAUACGUCUGGACCAUAUCCAGGCUCAAAAAAUGAUGCACAAAUCGCUGAACACAUAACCAAAGUUAAUGAACAUUUAGCCAAAUGCUGCGGAAAUGAUGCAGUUGCAAUUGUAGACCGGGGUUUCGAUCGUGUAAGAACGGUUUUUGAAGACUUAGAUUUUCUAUGUGAUGGGAAUGAUUACUAUAUUAUGCCCUUUCGAAAUGGUACUGGUUUUACCUUUUGCAGCGGUAAUUAUGGAUACAAUCUGCCGUGUCAAAAUGGUUCACGCUAUGAUCCACUGAUAGGCUGUGCGGGAGCAAAUACAGCUGCAUGUUCAUCAAAUCCAUGUUUGAAUGGAGGACGAUGUAUUCAAAUCGAAAACGAAUACAAGUGUCUAUGUCCAGCAUAUUUUGAAGGCGAACACUGGUAAGCUGUUUUAUAGUUAACGCAUAGCACGCUGACAUUGGCACAAAGUUUGUGUUUCAAUGAAGAGGAUCAACGCAAUUGUUUCCGGCAUCCUUUUUGCAGAACUAACUGGUGUACUGGUUAUUUACUAGUAUUUGCUCUGGAAUAUACGUGUGUUUUUUUGUGAUCACAAUACAAGAAUGUGUAAUAUAAAUUUGAUACGAGGUAGUGUUAAUUCUGUUGAUAAUAUCUUUUCUGUAAUCACUUGUUAUUCAUAUCAUUUGUACUACUGAAGAAGGAGUCGUUUUAGACUUCGAAACGUUUAGCAGUUGUAAAUAAAUUUAUAAGAUAAAAGAAAAUUCUACGAGAAAAACGAAAUUAAAUUUAAAUGUGAUUUCCUUAUCAUAUUAUCAACAGAAUACGUGUGUUUGUAGAAGAUCUUCUGAUGUCGAUGUUGGCUACGGUCUGAAUUGUAUAUCGAUACCAUCCAAUACCAUCCGAGACCAAUACCUUGGACACAGAGAGAAAUUAACCGAUGUUCUGUAAUGGAGAUGCAGUUAUGAAUUUCCAGAAUUUAUGAAGUUACGCAUUUAUGGAUUUUAUGAAUUUAUCACAAAGGGCGCGAAAUUUACCAAAAUAUUCCGGUGAAAAAGCACUAUAGCAUGCCGGGAGAUGUCUUAGUUUGCUCAAAAUUCUUCGCUCUAUAAGACUAUAUGGCUUCCAAAAUUUUCUGACCAAAGACUAAGGACUUGAUUUUCCAGCAGUCAGGUUUUCCAGAAGCUGUAUUAUCAACUUUUCUCAUAGAAGGGCGAUAUGCUCCUCAUCAGAUAGAAAAAUCUGCGGGCUAUUCAAAACAUUAUUCAGAUUGGUUCUUUUACUUUUUUUUAGCUUUUAUUAAAAAAAUCAAAAACAAGGGAGUUCUUGUGAUUAUGACACACUGUACUGCUUAGAUAACACCCAAAAGCUUCUUUUCCAUAUCUUUAAUGACGAACCCCACUUGUCUGGAUACUGUGUACGAAAAAGUGCUUUGGUGAGAGAGAAAAAUGUGAAAUACGCGAAAACCCAUUGGGAUUUUGGAAAAUCCAUAAAACCUCCUUGGAAAAUAUGCGAGAUUUUGCGAUUUCACCAUAAAUAGACUACUUGUACAGGAACAUUUUGAUGUAUUCAGAAGGUCUAUAGGGGUUUAGCGCUAUUUAGCGAUACCACUACACAGAAGUAGUGGCAUACCGGUAUGAGAUGAUGAAGAAUCAUUAACUGUUACUUAUUGCAAUUACUUUCGAAGUACAAACAUACAAAGAUUAUUACGCAGUGAUAUAUACGACGUUUCUACCUAAUGAAAGAAACCUUACCGUCGGCUUUCGCUAAUAAUGAAGCGAAGACAAUCAAGACAAGCAUUUGUAGAGAAUAAAUUUGCACCUGACUGCUGGAUGCAGAGAUGCAACUGAAGUAAAAACGAAAUACUCUCUUUUCGUGAAAGUAUCUACUGGUAUAUUUAUUUCAACGUAGAGAGUGAUUACAAAGACCUGGAGUAGGUAGAUCCAAAGUUGAUUCAGAAGAAUAUACCUAAAAAGUGAUUUUUAAAAUAAAACAUGGGUUAUUCAGCCAAAGCUCGCCUGGAAGGCUUUCUAGAAAUCCUCUAAAGAUCUUGAGAGUAUGUCUGUUGGAUUGGGCAUCGAUUUUAACUUAUAUGAAUAUACUUUGACUAUAUUGGGGAAGAACAGAAAAAAAUAACUAAAAAUCACCUGGCCU